UACAAUGGGAAUCCCGCUUUAACAGACCACGAGGGCCGCAAUGCUUACUACUAUGCCUAUUGCUCGAGGAAGUUCGAGUGCGCAGAUUUUUUGCUUCGCAACGGUUGCCCAAAGCAGGUUGUUCCUCCCUGCUUACCCACUGUUUCAGCCCAACAGACCCAAUUCCAUCUACAACAACAGCUACAACAGCAGGCAGCCGCAGCAGCUGUUGCAGCAGCAGCUGCUUUCCAUAACCAAACACAACACGCCUUCUCUUCUUCAUCUUCCUCCUCCUCAGCUACCGCUGGGCCUGCACUUCCUCCUCCCCGCUCCAUUCAAUCUGGCAAAAAUGGACCUCCACCACCACCAGGAACCACAGCUACCGCCCGUUCUAGUAGCAGUGGCAUUGGUUCUCCUCUGAUUGGUAACUCUAUGAUACUUUCUUCGGCUUCUUCAAGGGCUGCUACAGUAUCUUCUACUCCUUCAGAUCCGAGUACCAAUACACUUUCUGGAGCUCUCGGUAGAACUGGGUCACAUCCAUCAAGCAAUUCUGGGAGUGGGACUGGGAAUAGUGUAACCGCUGGCUCAAUCCGCUAUCCUCACUCCUCUUUUCAGCCAAUGCCCCAACCCGUGGCUCCGACUUCUGUACUCGCUUCUUCUUCAUCUAGACAACCUACUUCCACCCAACCUACAAUUACAACUGUUCCAUCCGUUGUUUCUUCCUCAGCAGCUAUCCUCAGCGGCUCUAAUUCUGUCUCUCCAACUGGAGCAUAUCCCACCAGAGACAUCUUGGUCGAGAUUAUCAAUAUCACCGACAAGUACCCUGAAGAAACAAAACGGGAAAUUGAGAUGGAACUAAUCCCAAUGAUCUUGAACCAUCAGGAGCCUACACACGGGAAUAGAUUUGUCGGGAUACGCAAAACCUUGGAAAAAAAUAGACAAUUAGUCCUUCAGGCGGACAAAGGAGGAUCUACAGUGAUAAUGGACAAAAAACAAUAUACCGAGAAGAUUGAAGAAGAUUGA